AUGGAAAAACGACGUCGGAUCUCUCGACAGCGGCUCCUGUUCUGCCUUUGCCUAGCUCUCGGCGGUUUCGGGCAGUUUGGGAGGCCGGCUGCUGCCUUCACUGGACUUCCUCGGUUUGGCGCAGGGCCGAACCGCCAUAGCCGCCUGCAGGCUGGGGCCCAAGGGCCCGAAGAGCUGGCAUGGGCGGAGCCCGCUUCCACACCGGAGCGGCGCUCAGAGUGGCAGCAGCAAGCACUUCUCAUUUGGGUCUCAGUGGUGGCCCUUUGGACAUUUCUGGACUGCGUGGUGGAUCCCGGUGUGAAGCCAUUCGAAGAUCCGGGUAGCUUGCUCAACAUAGCCCUGCCCACCUCGGUACUUGUGGCCCCCGGCGCGGCGGUUGCUGCCUCUGCACAGCUUGCACCGCGCCCAACCGGCAUUUCCGAAGCCAAGAAGAUGAAGACCUGCGCCGUUUUCGUCGGUGAUAGCUUGACGUCCUUGAGUCUCGCUGCCACAGAGAUCUUGGUCUUGGACACCUUGGAGUCCGAUCUUUUGGAGGAGGCGUCUGCCCUGCAGCCAAGCCAUGGCUUAGUUUUACUGCUUGGAACCAAUGACCUCAUCCGCUACACAGCCGUGGCUGGAGCCUUCCGAGUCUCCGAGGAAGAGUGGCUGGCAAGCUACGAAGGGCAGCUGCAGCAGGCAGUCAGCCGCAUUUCUCGAGAUUUCCCGGUGCUACUCGCGUCGCCACCUCCUUUGGGAGAAGAUCUGAACUCAGAGGAGGCGCGCCUUGGUGCGUCCAUGGCAAAAUCAGUGUGCCGUGUCGCGGAGAAGAGCGAGUGCAUCUACGUGCCCCUCUUCGAGGCCUGUGCUGACCACUUGAACCAGGCAGCCGCAAACGGGAGUAUAGCAGCCAAGUCCCGAGCAUAUUCCUUGGGUGAGUCUUUGCUGCUCCUCUGUGCGCUCCCUUGGCGGCUCUAUGCCGGACGUGGCGAAAGUUUGCAGCAGAUCCAAAAGGCAGCUGGGUUGGAGCUGACCGUGGACUUGGUGCACUACGGACCUGUCUAUGGCGACAUAGCUUCAAGGCUCUUCAUCCAGAAGUUGGGGAUCACAUCGUCAGACUGA